CUUUCUGAUUGGUUUAGGCAGAAUCGCGCAUGCGCAGAUAUCUCGUACGUGGCUGCGUGUGAUCCCCGCGCGGACAUUUUGUGCUUGCUUGUAUUGUGACCAGAGGCCUGCGGUACGGAGGCGAGGAACACCGGGUCACAAAGUCUCUGUACAACCAUGGCUGACGUAAAGAAUUUUUUAUAUGCUUGGUGCGGGAAGAAGAAAGUCACUCCAAACUAUGAGAUCCGUUCAGCAGGAAAUAAGUUGCGGCAGAAGUUUGUAUGUGAGGUUCGUGUGGAUGGCUACAACUUCAUGGGAAUGGGAAAUUCUACAAACAAGAAGGAUGCUCAGAGUAAUGCAGCUCGUGACUUUGUGAACUACCUAGUUAGAAUGGGAGAGAUCAGGAGUGAUGAAGUCCCGGCACUUGGGGCUGGACAGUCAGAUUCAACAGAUGGAUUUCAAGAAGGGAACAAUGAUGGAUUAGAUGUCCCCAUAGGAGGGCCGUUGCCACCACACUUGGCCUUAAAGGCAGAAGGUGCAGGACCACCGGCAGCACAGUUUUCAGGCAGCUCAGGAUAUGGUCCACAGACUGGUGGUUCAAACUGGGAUCGUGGAGCCAAUCUGAAAGACUACUAUGCCAAAAGAGAUGAACAAGAAGCUCAGGCGACACUGGAAUCUGAAGAGGUGGACUUAAAUGCAGGUUUGCAUGGUAACUGGACACUUGAGAAUGCAAAAGCUCGUCUCAAUCAAUUCUUUCAAAAGGAAAAGUCACAAGCGGACUACAAGUACUCAGAAGUUGGGCCUGAUCAUAACAGGAGCUUUUUUGCUGAAAUGAACUUGUAUGUUAAGCAGCUUGGACGCACCAUUCAUGCUCGAGAACAUGGAUCCAACAAGAGGCUGGCUGCACAGUCCUGUGCUCUGUCACUUGUGCGGCAGUUGUAUCACUUGAGUGUUAUUGAACCAUACUCCGGACAAACCAGAAAGAAGGAGGGUGAAUCGAUUGAACCCUAUGAAGUGAACCUUUCACCUGAUAUUCAAAAGCAGCUUAGCAGUGUUAUUCAGGAACUGCAGAUUGAGCUGCCUUAUCCACCCCCAGAUCCCAGCCAGCCAGUGUCCCUUAAUCUGGGAAAGUUGACGCAUUUUGAGCCGUCUCAGAGGCAGGGUCUUUCUGGUGUGGUGCCCUGGUCCCCACCACAGGAGAACUGGAACCCGUGGACCAGCAGCAACAUUGAUGAAGGUCCUCUUGCAUUUGCAACUCAAGAGCAGAUCAGUGCAGACUUGAAGAAUGAGCUGCUGUACCAAAUGGAGAACGAUCAAAGCUUGCAGCCAAUUCUUCAGGAGCGAGAGUCCUUGCCUGUCAAGAAAUUUGAGACUGAAAUCAUGACGGCAGUACACAACAACCCAGUUGUAAUCAUUCGUGGCGCCACCGGUUGUGGUAAAACCACCCAAGUCCCGCAAUAUAUUCUGGAUGAGUUUAUUCAAAAUGACCAAGCAGCCCAGUGUAACAUAGUGGUGACUCAGCCCCGCAGAAUCAGUGCCGUCUCUGUGGCUGAGCGCGUUUCUUAUGAGAGGGGAGAAGAGGUUGGGAAAAGCUGUGGUUACAGCGUACGCUUUGAGUCUGCAUUGCCUCGUCCCCAUGCCAGCAUAAUGUUCUGCACAGUUGGUGUGCUGCUGCGAAAACUGGAGGCUGGAAUCCGAGGAAUUAGUCACGUGAUUGUGGAUGAAAUUCACGAGCGUGAUAUUAAUACUGAUUUCUUGCUGGUGGUUCUGCGGGAUGUGAUCCAAGCUUUCCCUGAUAUUAGAGUUAUCCUUAUGUCAGCCACUAUAGACACCAGCAUGUUCUGUGAAUAUUUCUUUAACUGUCCUAUUAUUGAAGUUUAUGGUCGAACAUUUCCUGUGCAAGAGUACUUCUUAGAAGAUUGCAUUCAGAUGACUCAGUUCAGACCACCUCCACUGGAAAGAAAGAAAAAAGACAAAGAUGAGGAAGGAGGAGAGGAUGAUGAUACAAAUUGCAACCUGAUGUGUGCUGAGGGUUAUGGACCUGAGACUCGCCGUUCUAUGUCACAAAUGACUGAAAAAGAAACUCCCAUUGAGCUCAUUGAAGCACUUCUAAAAUAUAUUGAAACACUGAAUGUACCUGGUGCUGUGCUCGUGUUUUUACCUGGCUGGAAUCUUAUUUAUGCCAUGCAGAAGCAUCUUGAGAUGAACCCUCAUUUUGGUAGCCAUCAUUACCGAAUUUUACCACUGCAUUCCCAGAUACCAAGAGAGGAGCAAAGAAAGGUCUUUGAUCCUGCUCCAAAUGGAGUAAUAAAGGUUAUUCUGUCUACAAAUAUUGCAGAAACCAGUAUCACUAUAAAUGAUGUUGUUUAUGUCAUAGACUCCUGCAAGCAAAAAGUGAAGCUGUUUACAUCCCACAACAACAUGACAAACUAUGCCACCGUCUGGGCCUCCAAAACCAAUCUGGAGCAGAGGAAAGGAAGAGCAGGACGUGUACGACCAGGCUUUUGUUUCCACUUGUGCAGCAAGGCACGCUUUGAACGCUUGGAGAGUCAUCUGACACCAGAAAUAUUCCGUACACCAUUGCACGAAGUAGCUCUAAGUAUCAAGCUCCUACGAUUGGGUGCCAUCGGGCACUUUCUGUCAAAGGCCAUAGAACCUCCUCCACUGGAUGCUGUCAUAGAAGCGGAGCAUACAUUAAGGGAGCUCGAUGCAUUGGAUUCAAAUGAUGAGCUGACUCCGCUAGGAAGAAUAUUGGCUAAAUUGCCUAUUGAGCCACGACUGGGAAAAAUGAUGAUCAUGGGCUGUAUCUUCUAUGUCGGGGAUGCAGUUUGCACGAUUUCUGCUGCCACAUGUUUCCCAGAGCCGUUCAUCAGUGAAGGUCGGAGACUGGGAUAUGUACACAGGAACUUUGCUGGUAAUCGGUUUUCUGAUCACGUGGCACUGUUGUCUGUGUUUCAAGCCUGGGAUGAUGCGAGAAUGGGCGGAGAAGAUGCAGAGAUCAGAUUCUGUGAACACAAGCGUCUUAACAUGUCCACUCUGCGCAUGACAUGGGAAGCGAAAGUGCAGCUAAAAGACAUCUUGAUAAAUGCAGGGUUUCCUGAAGAAUGUUUAAUGAAUCAAGUUUUCAAUAACACUGGUCCUGACAAUAACCUGGAUGUAGUAAUUUCACUGCUAGCAUUUGGUGUGUACCCAAAUGUUUGUUACCACAAGGAAAAACGAAAAAUUCUCACAACCGAGGGCCGCAACGCACUUAUUCACAAAUCAUCUGUUAAUUGCCCCUUCAGCAGCCAAGAAAUGAAGUACCCAUCCCCAUUCUUUGUUUUUGGUGAAAAAAUUCGUACAAGAGCAAUUUCUGCUAAAGUGAUGACCAUGGUGAGUCCCUUACAGCUGCUGCUCUUCGCCUCCAAAAAAGUCAUGUCAGAUGGACAGCUAAUACUCUUGGAUGAUUGGAUCAAGCUGUUACUGCCCCACGAGGAUGCGGCUUCAAUUACUGCAUUGAAAUCUGCAAUGGAAGCACUUGUCGUCGAAGUUACUAAACAACCAGACAUUUUAUCUCAACUGGAUCCUGUCAAUGAGAAGAUGCUAAACAUGAUUCGCAUAUUAUCCAAGCCAUCCACAGCAGGAAUAAAUCUUAUGAUUGCAAAUUCUAGGUUUGGAGAUGGGCCUCGUCCACCUAAAAUGGCACGAUUUGAUGGUGGCUUCCAAGGUAACAGUGGAAGGGGAGGCUACCGUGGUGGUUCCAACUCUGGAGGUGGCUAUGGAGGAUCUGGCUAUCGGGGAUACAGAGGUGGUGGGUCCAGGGGCGGAAGCUAUGGUGGUGGCUACCGCGGUGGCUACAGAGGUGGAAGUCAAGGCGGUGGCUACAGAGGUGGAAGUCAAGGCGGUGGCUACAGAGGUGGAAGUCAAGGCGGUGGCUUCAGAGGUGGAAAUCAAGGCGGUGGAUUCAGAGGUGGAAAUCAAGGAGGCGGAUUCAGAGGUGGAUACCAGGGACAAGGCGGUGGGUUUGGAGGUGGAUUCAGGGGCCAGUCACAAGGAGGAUUCUAAAGACUUUAGUUUCUAUAUAUUUUGUUGCAAAGUUCAGUGUACCAGUGGAACUUCAUGUGCAUGUUGCUGCUCUUGAAGGCAGUAGACACAUUCUUUGUACAAGUAGUGUUCAGAUUGUAAUAUUUAAUUUUUUUUGUACUUAAUUGUUUCACUGUUGCCAAUAAAAUAAAUUGGCCAGCUAAUUUGCUUUUUAAUAAAUA